AUGGAAGAUGAAAUUUAUGUAAUUGAGAAGAACAAGACUUGGGAGUUAGUAGAGAAGCCGGAAGACAAAGAUGUGAUUGUGGCUCGUCUUGACACAAUUAGAGCACUCAUUGCCUUGGCGGCUCAAAAUGGUUGGUCCUUGUAUCAACUUGAUGUAAAAUCAGCCUUCUUGAAUGGUGUUUUGAAAGAGGAUGUCUAUGUAGAAGAACCUCAAGGCUUUGUUGCAAAAGGAGAAGAAGAGAAAGUUUACAAAUUAAAGAAGGCUUUGUAUUGCCUAAAACAAGCACCCCGGGCAUGGUAUAGUGAGAUUGAUUCUUACUUCAUCAAAAAAGGCUUUCAAAGGAGCAAAAGUGAGCCAACCUUAUACUACAACACACAAGAUAAAACUGGGAUUCUUAUUGGUUCUCUUUAUGUUGAUGAUUUGGAAAUAUACAAUAAAGGAGGAAGAAAAUUUGGAUUUCAAAAUGCAGGACCUUUGGGUUGCAUACCGGGGACCUUGAAACGCGAAAAUAGCAGUGAGUGUGUUCAAAAUAACUCUGCAAUGGCAAAACUACACAAUAUAGCUCUGUCUAAAGCCCUCCAGAAGUUAGAGAGUGAGCUACAUGGAUUCAAGUAUUCAAUAUUUGAUUACUACACUUCGCUCAGCCAAAGAGUGAACUACCCUUCAAAAUAUGGAACGGUCUGGAAAGGGUUAGAUGUAUAUGGUCUUACCCCCGCACGCAGAGGCUAUUUCUGUUUCAAGGAAGGGAAGAUAGCAUGUUGUGGCAGCGGGCCUUUUAGGGGAGUCAAUAGCUGUGGAGGAAAAAGAGGAGUGAAGAAGUAUCACUUGUGCAGGAAUCCUAAUGAACAUGUGUGGUUUGACUUUGCGCAUACCACGGAAAGAGCUAAUCAGCAAUUAGCACAGCUAACGUGGAGAGGAGUUCCUAAUGUCACUGGACCUUAUCACAAUGUGAAAGCACUAUUUGAAAUGUAA